AUGCCGAAAACUACACCCAAACGACCGCGUUGUACUAAUUUUACUCCCGGCGAAGAGAAUACGUUGGUGGCGUUGGCUGUUAAGCACGCGACCGUUUUGGAAUGCAGAAAAUCCGAUCACGAUGUUUGGGGAGCCAAAACCGAGGCAUGGAGUCAAAUCCAAAAACAGUUUAUUGCCUCAACAGGCAAAGUUAGAGACGUACAAAAUCUGAAAGAUAAGUAUGAAAAUUUGAAAAGAAAAACCAAAAAAGUUGAGUCGGACAGAAAGAAAAAUAUCUUCCAAACAGGAGGUGGAGCAAGUACAAGUUGUUCUGUCGAGACCUCAGCUUCGCAUAAUAUGAUGCUUGCAGUUUUAGGGGUGUCAGCUGUAGGGUUACACAAUCCUUUUGACGGAGAUAAACCAGGGAAAUCAUUAAUUAAUCCUGAAGUGAUAGGAAACAUUGAUGAUGGUGAGGAUAAUGUUAUAGUAGUCAACGAUGGUGGUGAAAUGGAGUUGGACAUGAGUAGCAACAUGGAAUAUAUACAAGUGCAUAUGGGAUCGGAUGAUGAAAUGGAUAUGCCAAGUGUUGCAGUACCUGUGGAAGAUUUACCAGUUCAACCUUCGUGGACCAAGUGGAAUCCUGAACUACUAACACAACCAAAAAGGAAGCUAGAGUUAAUUAAUGAACAAAAAAAAUACUUCCAAAAUGAAGAUAGGAGAGCUCAGGAGAAGCAUGAUGCUGAGCAAUUACAAGCUAAAGAAAAGCAAAUGUUGGAGAAAAUUAAAAAUAAACUGGUGAUUGAAAAAUUACAGCUUGAAAUCAAUGACCUUAAAAAAAGAUCUAAAGAUUAA